AUUGUGUUCUAAAACAAAAAGUAAACCAAAAUGGCUGCCCAACAAUGUCCUUGCGGGUGCGCACCUCGUCCUUUGGGCUACGGGAAUAUGGAGAUUUACACCAGAGGCACCUUGUUGGACACAGUUCAGAGAUCGGAAAUAUAUCCCGAUUGUAAAACAUUUGUGGAUAUGAAAAUGCGUCAUCCUGCCGACACAAUUUUAUCAAAUUUUCGUCGUUUACGUAAUUGUAAGCGAGUCAAUGGCCAUGCGCCAGAUUUAAAAGAUUUUGUGGAACACCAUUUCGAUGGAAGUGGUUCCGAACUAAUGAUUUGGACGCCUAGCGAUUGGCAAGCUGAACCUCCAUAUGUGAGCAAAAUUCGUGAUUCCGAACUAAAGAAAUUUGCCUUAAAAUUGAAUGAUCAAUGGAAACAAUUGGGACGUCAAAUUUCAAAUGAUGUACAACAAAAUCCCGAUUUGUAUUCUUUGAUAUAUGUGCCCAAUCCCUUUAUAAUACCAGGAGGAAGAUUUAGAGAAUACUAUUACUGGGAUUCAUAUUGGAUAAUAGUUGGACUUCUAGCGAGUGGAAUGUUUCAGACAGCUAGGGGAAUGAUUGAUAAUUUUUUGUCGAUAGUCAGACAGUAUGGUUUCAUACCAAAUGGUGGAAGGAUCUAUUACUAUGGACGAUGUCAACCGCCAUUGUUGGUACAAAUGAUGAAGGCCUAUGUCGAUAAAACCGAUGAUGAGAAAUAUGCCAUACAAUCGUUGCCUUUGCUUGAAUCGGAAAUUGAAACUUUUCUCGAAUAUCAUAAGGUUGAAGUUGAGGGUGGUUAUAUCAUGUAUCAAUAUCGGGAUACAUCGGCGGGUCCACGUCCCGAAGCAUAUCGUGAAGAUCUAGCAAGUGCUCAGGACUUUGCCAGUGAUGCAGAAAAGGAACUACACUAUACUGAAUUGAAGGCUGCCUGUGAAUCAGGAAUGAAUUUCAGCUCACGAUGGUUUGUAAAUUCAUCCGAUUCUGUGGGGGCCCUCUUGGAUAUGAAAACUAGUUCCAUAGUUCCAGUCGAUUUGAAUGCCAUUCUUUUUCGGAAUUGUAAGACUUUGUCGUACUUUAACAAGAAAGCUGGAAAUACCGAUAAGGAAAAGCAUUAUCAGCAAAUAGCCUGUCGCUUGGUCCGGGCCAUCAGAGAUGUUUUGUGGAACGAAGAGGCUGGAAUAUGGUUUGAUUACGAUGUGACGAAUAAAAUACCCCGACCAUAUUAUAGUAUAACCAACUUUUACCCCCUAUGGAUGAGAGCUUUUCCCAUUAUGGAGAGAAAAAAAAUAUCGAAAUCUGUAAUGGAUUAUAUCGAAUUCAAUAUGUUAGAUGACUAUCCCGGUGGAGUACCCGUAACUUUGCUCAACACAAAUCAGCAAUGGGAUUAUCCUAAUGUCUGGCCUUGUAUGAUGUAUGUUUUGAUUGAAGGACUCGAGAAUUUGGGCACAACCGAAGCAAAGGACAUGUCAAGACGUUGGGCUGAUCGUUGGAUAAUGGUGAAUUAUGAGGGCUAUCGUAAAUCAGGAUUAAUGUAUGAGAAGUACAAUUGUGAGAAUUCUGGAGCCCCUGGUGUUGGAGGUGAGUAUGAGACACAAACUGGUUUUGGUUGGUCCAAUGGUGUGGCCAUAUAUUAUCUAGCCAAAUAUGGCAUGGAUUUGUGUGUGCCGCCUGAUCAAGCUGAUAAUAGAUUCGAAAAGAUAGAGGAUGAAAAAUCGAUGGCUAAUUGCAUUGUAACUAGUGCUGAUAAUAUGGAUAAUGAUCAAAGUACUACAAAUACCUUAAACGAAGAUAAAAAUCUUGAUUCUAAGAAAGUCGAAGAUGAGGAUAUGGGUCAAAGUAAUCAUGAAGGAGCCACGACUACUUGUGGGGGCAAAUGUGCCAUAUGCGGUUAUGUACACUCUCCUGUGAAUAAUGAAGAACCCACACAAAAAACUAAGGAUACUAAUGAAGAGCCAUUGAAUGCUGAUGAAAGCAAUGAAAAUUGUAAUAAAGAAAAUAAGGAUUUGGCUCCGAAGAGUAAUAAAAACAAAGUGGAUCCAAAUACAUGUGACGAAAAUCAUGAGGACUGUAAAGGAAAAUGCAAUGUAUGCGGACUUUUGAAGUAAA